UUCGAUGAAAGACACGCAAGCUUCGCAGGCAAUAGACACACCAUAAUUCUAUUGUGAUUCCACACAUGAGAGGCUAAAGAUUUAUUUUGGAGAAUAAAUUCUGGGUGAGACAUCCGGAUUCGACCCGGGUGGGCUGGGCGCACACCAGCGCCCCAACGGCCGAGCUACGAGCUCGUUCUCUGUCCCCGUCGCUGCUGCUUCCGCAUGCUGGGCACACUCCACACGCCUCGCAACAACUCACAGUGCAGCUUCCUCGCAAUUUCUUCCCGGGAGUUGGCGCGCAGCUCGCUACGCUGACGCAAAAGUCCGCGGGACGCUCGCCCACGGUAAUUUCGCGUCUGAAAUUUAGCUGUCGCUGCCCCUGCAAUUUCCAGCGAAACCGAAACCCUUACACGACACACUACAAAUCCACAAGCAUCCAGCCAGCCAAUCGACCCCCUUUUCCGCACUGUCCGCGCUCUCCAUCUCUAGUCCCAAGUUUCUACUCCCUUGCAAAACUGGCCGGCUGAGAUUGCUUCACAAGGUCCCAGUUUUGACGGCCUUUGUAUUACAUAUUUUCUCAACUUUCUUUAUCUUGUUGCCAACUGGAGCAGUAGCAGCUGCUGAAUCUGUUGCGUUUUCCGCCACUUCUUUUUAUCCUUACACAUGUCUAUUUUUACGCUGAUUAGUUCCAUAACUAGUGCUGUGGCAUCCCACUUAUGGAAUCCUGUGAUUACACAAAUGAGAUAUUUUACAGAAAUGGAAGAAAAUAUUGUAAAACUGGACAGCACUAUGAAUUCUCUGGAAGCCAGGAAACAUGAAAUCCAUAUUCGGCUCGAGAACUCUGAAAGGAAGCAAGAAACAUGUAAUCCUGAAGUUGCUGGAUGGCUAGGAAUGGUGACAGCAAUGGGGAGCGAAGUGAAUGAGAUAACAAAUAGGCAGAAGAAGAGAAGGCAGCCUUUCAGUUACUGGUCAAAGUAUGAAAUUGGCAUGCGGGCUGCCAAGAAACUCAAGGAAGCUGAAAUUUUGCAUGAAAAGGGUGCAUUCAAACAGGUAUCAAUUGAGAGUCCACCAUAUUUCGUACAAGAAGUGCCCAUUGCAUCUUUUACAAAAGUAACAGAGUGUAAUUUAAGCAGGGCUCUCCAGUACCUCAAUGAUGAUAAAAUUGGAAUUGUAGGGAUUUGGGGAAUGGGAGGAGUUGGUAAGACCACUUUGCUCAGAAAAAUUAACAAUCACUUCUUAGGUGUGAUCAGAGAAAAUUAUGGAUUCGACCAUGUUGUUUAUGUGGUGGCAUCUACAGCCUGUGGAAUAAAUCAGCUUCAAGCAGACAUUGCUGAAAAGAUUGGACUGUUCCUGAAACCAGGUUCUAGCACUGAAAUGCGGGCUUCAUUCAUGUUGAGCUUCUUAAGAAGAAAGAAAUUCUUACUCCUCUUAGAUGAUUUAUGGGAUUAUUUGGAUCUGGCAGAAGCUGGUAUUCCGUAUCCUAGUGGUCUGAAUAAGCAAAAGGUAGUCCUCGCAACGCGUUAUGAGAGUGUUUGUGGACAUAUGGGUGCUCACAAGACUAUCUUUGUGGAAUGCUGGGACCAAGAGAAAUCUUGGCAACUGUUCAAAGAAAAAGUAACAGAGGAAGUUAUUAACUCGGAUGCUAGGAUUGAAAAGCUAGCAAAGGAAGUUGCAGAAGAGUGUGGGGGCUUGCCCCUUGCUCUAGCAACUAUUGGCCGUGCAAUGUCUACAAAGAAGACAUGUCAUGAAUGGGCACUUGCAUUAUCAUAUCUGAAGAAGUCCCGCAUUCAUGAGAUCCCAAAUAUGGGGAAUGUUGGUCAGAUAUACACUAGGCUAAAAUUAAGUUACGACUAUCUGCAGGAUAAACGGAUCAAAGAAUGCUUCUUAUGUUGUUCUCUAUGGCCUGAAGAUUACUCAAUAUGGAAAGUCGAACUCAUAGACUGCUGGAUGGGGAUGGGUUUAAUAGACUAUGAUACUAUAGAGGAAGCAUAUGACAAGGGUUACUCUAUUAUUGAGUAUUUGAAGGAUGCAUGCUUAUUGGAGAACGGUUACCUAGAAGAUUGUGAGGUGAGAGUACAUGACAUCAUCCGAGACAUGGCACUGUGGAUAUCUUCGGAUUGCAGUAAAGACAGCAUGAAGUGGAUUGUUGACGCAGGGAUUGGACUUCAUAACAUUGCUAACAGAGACAUUGAGAAAUGGAGGUCAGCUAGAAAGAUAUCACUCAUGUGCAAUUAUAUCAAGGAACUUCCGCAGGCAAUCAAUUGUCCCAAUCUCCGAUUUCUGUCAUUACAGCAGAACUUUCAAUUGAAGUUGAUACCACCUUCUCUUAUUCAAAGCAUAUUAUCUGUUACCUACUUAGAUUUGUCUUGGGUACCCAUCAAAGAACUUCCAGAAGAAAUUGGCGCGCUAGUAGAACUUCAGUAUCUCCGACUAAUGCAAACACAUGUUAAAUCGUUGCCUAUGUCGAUUGGGCAAUUAAGAAAGUUACAGUACUUGAAUCUGAGCUAUAUGGAUUUCUUGGAGAAGAUACCCUAUGGCAUUGUUUCAAAUUUAUCAAUGCUACAGGUAUUAAACCUAUAUGGUAGCAGGUAUGCAGGCUGUGAGUCAGAUAUUAAUUCAGCAAACCACAUAGAUUAUGACGAGUUUAAAAUCGAAGAGUUAUCUUGCUUAACUAGGGAACUAAAAGCUUUGGGAAUAACAAUAAAAAAGGUGAGUACCCUGCAGAGGCUUUUUGACAUACAUGAAAUACACGUGAGAUUUCUCGGUUUGUGUAAAUUGAACGAAGAAACAUCUCUUGCUCUCACUAUACCAGAAAGUGUCUUUAUUCUUAAUAUAAUGGACUGCUCAGACUUGAAGGAGUUCUCUGCUAUUAACAAGCCACAUUUAUAUGGAUAUCAUCCUCUGAAGCUGGAGUUUCUUACCUUUUGGAAUCUUCCUAGACUUGAGAAAAUUAGUUUGGAGCAUCUUCAGAACCUUCGUGUCCUUACAGUGGGGAAAACUUAUCAACUGAGGGACCUAUCCUGCAUCCUGAAGCUACCAUAUUUGGAGCAUUUGAAUGUGUCUUUCUGCAAUAAGUUGAAGCAGCUAGUUGACAUACAGAAUGCUAGUACUGUGAAAGUAAGAGAUCAAGCUCCAGUCCAGGGAUUUCAACAACUAAGAAUUUUGCAAUUGUAUUCAUUGCCAAGCUUGGAUAGCUUCUGUAAUUCUAGAUUGGACUUCCCUUCUCUGGAAUACAUUGAUGUGUUUUCUUGCCCAAAGCUGAAGAAGCUGCCUUUUGGGCAUGAAACGAACAAAUUAAAGAGGAUUAGAGGGGAGAGGACAUGGUGGGAUAAUCUUGAGUGGGAUGACAAAAACAGUUCAUUGUCACUAUUUCCAUUUUAUAAAACAUCGGAAAAUUGUUCAACAUCCUUUAGGCCAGAGUUAGAUACCAAUGUGAUAUCCUCACCAGAAACUUUCUUCACCAAGAGGCAGCCGCUGUUCCAUUCAUCAGUUCGGUCAACUUCCUAUCUAAAGUCAAUAUUUGAAAAAGGAGUAGUUUGAUCGCCCUUAGAUGAUGUGACGGUUUUACUUUCACCAAUAUUGGGCUAUACAUAUUUCCCUGGAAGGAGAGGAUUGUAACAUGCAUGGGAGCUCAAGGGCUCGAGGUCAACCCAUUCUGAAAUAUACAUGUCACAGGACUUCAACAAUCAUGAUUUUCUAUUCCUUUUAUCUGCUGAUGCUAGUUUCAGUGUUAGCUCAGAUUUGAUUGGUUCAGUUCUUUCUGCACCACAAAGUUAAAAAAUUGCAGAAAUGCAAGUUGCACCUAUUUCUUUCUGCACCGCAAUGUUCGUCCAAAAGAUUUUCUUACUGCAGGUCUGUGACACAGUCAUUCUUUUGGCCAAGUCAGGUGAGAAGUAACGAGACAGCACGUUGGAUCUGUCAUAGUGUUAUUGGUCAUCCUGAGCUCAGAGAGAGCUCAUGGUACUGGUUGGACUUCAUUUGCCCAAGACUACGUGAACAGUAAGCUCACGAGGAUGCGACCGAAGCUUGGGGGAGCCAACUACCACCGUUAUCUGACAAGGAACCACACCACCAGCAGUCUUCCAGGAUCUAUGCUAGCGGGUACACCCAAAAAAUCCCAGCAACCUUGAGAUAAUGCAUUUCGCUGUCAGUGUGGCACUGUGGCUGAUGUUUCAGAUAGCCUACAUGGCUACAUCAGUUGGGUUGGAGAGGAGCCAGGUGAUUGGAACGCAAUCAAGCAAUGCUGCUGUUGAUCAGUUGUGCUGUCUGCGUUAGCUAGUCAGGCUCUCCGUGAUGUACUCCUCGCAAAUCAGUACAGUGCUUGAAGAUCUCUAUCACGUCUCUUUCAGUAAUCGCUUCACUCAUCGCGAUCGAAAUACGAAACAGUUUCUAUCUCGUGACUGCACAAUCUGCAUCGCAUUUGAUCACCGUUGCAGGUGCCGCGUCCCCCUCGCGCUGGCAAUCGGAGGGAGAUUCGGAGUUGGGUGGGAGUCCACCAGACGCCCGCCGUCGCGAGACGGAGCGCAAGUCGUCGCUUCACUGCUAAGCCAAAGCAACCAACGCACGCCCUCCGCGCCGUGCGCUGCGACGGAUCGAGCCGCGCAUCCGGUCUCCGGUCUCGGAAGCGACGAUGGCCGCGUUGACGGCUUCGGCCUCCCCCGCAUGCUGCCGCCCGCUGCCGCUGAUUUUGACGUCCGGCGGACGACGGGCGCUUUAACGCGUCUUUGAUAGUAUCUUAAAGUUUAUCAAUCUUUAAUAAUAUAUUUAAAGUUAAUUAUUAUUUGAUCAUAUAUUUUAUAAGAAUUAGUCUGUAUAAAGUUUAUUCUUCACCUCUCUUAUUUAAUACAAAAUUUUAUUAUAAACUAGUCUUUAUGAGACAUAUGAUUAAAAUAAUGAUUAAAUUCGGAUAUAUUAUCAAAAAUUGAUUAACUUUAGAAUAUAUAAUCAAUUUCCCCGCAAAAAAGACCAUCCGGCGUUUUUCUAAUGCUCAGCUCACUGCCAAAAAAAAGUCAGGAGCCGUGCCUGCACGAUCGAUCGUCGUUCCGUUUCGCACACCGCCGGCCAAGCCAAAUCCAGAGAGCUACGUCUUUGAAUCAUUCCUUGCCUGCCUCGGCUUUGCCAUGGAUCCUUAAACCUUUUUCAAGUUACUAAUAUGUACAGUAUAAAACAUAAGUUGUUUGCCACGUCAUCUAUUUUACU